AGUUCAAUAUGAGAGAGAAAGAGAUGAACCAGAAUAACCAUUUUUCUGACUUUGUGGACAAGCAAACUGGUUACACAACUAACUGCAUGCUGGCAACCCCUAUUAUGCAGGGCAAGGAGGUGCUUGCUGUUGUGAUGGCACUUAACAAAAUAAAUGCCCCCGAAUUCUCUAAAGAGGAUGAAGAGGUCUUUAAGAAAUACCUCAAUUUUGUUUCUGUUGCCAUAAAACAAUACCAUAUCACAUAUCUCUACAAUAUUGAAACCCGAAGAAGUCAGAUGCUUUUAUGGUCUGCCAACAAAGUAUUUGAAGAACUGACAGAUAUUGAGCGACAGUUUCACAAAGCACUGUACACUAUUCGAAUUUAUUUGAACUGUGAAAGAUACUCUGUUGGUCUGCUGGAUAUGACCAAAGAGAAGGAGUUCUAUGAUGAAUGGCCAAUCAAGCUGGGAGAAGCAGAGCCUUAUAAAGGACCAAAAACACCCGAUGGCAGAGAAGUCAUCUUUUAUAAGAUUAUUGAUUAUAUUUUACAUGGAAAAGAAGAAAUCAAAGUCAUUCCGUCACCUCCUGCAGAUCACUGGUGUCUUGUAAGCGGGUUGCCAACGUAUGUUGCUGAAAAUGGAUUUAUUUGUAACAUGAUGAAUGCACCAGCAGAUGAAUAUUUUUUAUUUCAGAAAGGGCCUGUGGAUGAGACAGGCUGGGUUAUCAAAAAUGUCCUGUCUUUGCCUAUUGUCAACAAAAAAGAAGAAAUUGUAGGAGUAGCUACAUUUUACAACAGAAAAGAUGGAAAACCCUUUGAUGAAUUUGAUGAACAGAUCACUGAAAGUCUUACACAAUUCCUUGGAUGGUCUGUUUUAAAUACUGACACCUAUGACAAAAUGAAUAAGCUUGAAAACAGGAAAGACCUUGCUCAGGAAAUGCUCAUGUACCAGACAAAGGCCACCCCUGAAGAAAUUCAGUCCAUAUUGAAAUACAAAGAGAAAUUAAAUGUAAACAGUACUGAAGACUGUGAUGAGAAAGCCCUCCUCAAGAUUUUGAAAGAGGAAUUACCUGAUCCAAAGGAAGUGGAACUUUAUGAAUUCCGCUUCAGUGACUUUCCCGUUACAGAGCAUGGCUUGAUUAAGUGCGGAAUACGAUUAUUCUUUGAGAUAAAUGUGGUUGAAAAGUUCAAAGUCCCCGCAGAGGUACUUACAAGAUGGAUGUACACAGUCAGAAAGGGUUAUCGGGAUAUAACUUACCAUAACUGGCGGCAUGGAUUCAACGUGGGACAGACAAUGUUCACCUUACUAAUGACAGGUAGACUAAAGAAAUACUAUACCGAUCUAGAAGCCUUCGCCAUGGUUGCAGCUGCUUUCUGCCAUGACAUUGAUCACAGAGGGACCAAUAAUUUGUAUCAAAUGAAAUCAGCUUCUCCAUUAGCAAAACUUCAUGGAUCUUCCAUUUUAGAAAGACAUCAUCUAGAGUACAGUAAAACUCUGCUACAAGACGAGAGUUUAAACAUCUUCCAGAACCUAAAUAAGCGCCAGUUUGAAACCGUUUUACAUUUAUUUGAAGUUGCAAUAAUAGCAACUGACUUGGCUUUGUAUUUCAAGAAAAGGACUAUGUUUCAAAAGAUUGUGGAUGCAGUUGAAAAAAUGCAAACAGAAGAGGAGGCAAUUAAAUAUAUAUCUAUCGACCCAACCAAAAAAGAAGUUAUCAUGGCUAUGAUGAUGACUGGUUGUGACUUGUCGGCUAUAACCAAGCCGUGGGAGGUGCAAAGUCAGGUUGCCCUUAUGGUUGCGAAUGAAUUUUGGGAACAAGGUGAUCUGGAGCGAACUGUGUUGGAGCAACAGCCAAUUCCUAUGAUGGACAGAAACAAAGCAGAUGAAUUGCCCAAGCUUCAAGUUGGUUUCAUUGAUUUUGUGUGUACAUUUGUAUACAAGGAAUUCUCAAGGUUUCACAAGGAAAUUACACCAAUGUUGGACGGUCUUCAAAACAACAGGGUGGAAUGGAAAACACGGGCUGAUGAAUAUGAAGAAAAGAUGAAAAUUAUUGAGGAAGAAAAAAAAAAGCUGGAAGAAGCAGCAGCCAAAAAAGGUGGAAAGGGUCGAAAAUAACCUAGUAACAUGGUGAUCCACAGCUUUCAAAUGUAAGUUUUAAUUCUAAUAUUGGUAUGUCAACUUAAAAUGAAUCUGAAAACAAGUUACUAUACUGAACAUAUCAGAACUUAGACCAAUAAAAACCUGUGGAAUCAUUUGAGAGAGAUGUUAACACUGUUAGUGACAGCAGUUAAUGAACAUACAAAAAAGUACCUCUCUCUUGAUUGGUAACAGAUUUCUACAGGGCUAGAUAAAAGUUUAUAUAAUCAUAAUCAACACUUAAGUGAAAGUUUCCAUACCCCCCCACCCAAUAGUUUCAAAGUUUAUAAUUGAUCCAAGAGUUUAUUCCCUUUGCAGGCUUCCAUUGUUCAGUUGUGGGGGGUAGGGUGGAGAGGGACAGGAUUAAGUAUACAUAAUUGCUGAAACUUUCCAGUAAAAGUGGUUCAGUGUGUGUUUGUCCAUUGAUAAAUGCUGAUAUUAACUACUGCACCAUUUGUCAACAGUUUGGUUGUUCAAUAUUAAUAAAAAAAUAUAUAUAAAUCCUGAAAGUGUGUUCAGUUUUCAAGUGGACAAACACACUUGUGUUAUAGAAUAAAAUUAAAAUGCAUGUCACAAAAUUAACAUUUAUAAAGCAAAAAAAUGAAGCUUAUUAAAAUGAAAGGAAUUCACUCAUUAUUCAUAUUCCUUUUCUGCUUUUUAUUAGCUGAACAAGACGCAGCGAAAGGUGGAGGAGGUGGCGGAGAUGAUGAUGGCAAAUCCAAAACAUGUAUAAUUUUGUAAUGCAUUUCAAUGGCACUAAAAGAAUCUCAAAGUCUAUGUUUCUGCUACAGGAAAAAUAAAACAAAACAUCUAGAAAGAACUUCAAAAAACCUCAGUGGAUUUCUGCAAAGCAUAGGGUAGCAUAGGCCAAAUAAUCCUCUUAAACAACUGCCAUCUAUUCAGUGUCAUUACUAAUGGCAUAAAAGAGGCAGAAUCCAUUAAAAACUAGAAAACAUGAAUUAUGGGGCAAAAUGAGUUGAUUAUGAGUUCAAUUCUUGGUAUUGUUUCUUGUCACUCAAUUUAUAUACUGUAUUUUUAUUAAAAUGUAUAAAUGCUGCAGACCGUCCAGAAAACUAUAAAUGAUUUUUAAUGAUAGAUUACAACCAGUAAUAUCGUAUGACAAGAUCUAAAUUGAACAUACCAGAAACCAAAAAUUGCAGACAAUUUCAUAACUCAUAGCAUUACAUUUUUAUAUUAUGUUUAUUUCUUUCAUCUGGACUGAACUACAUCCCAUUCCUGCAUCCUCAAUUCUAGAUACAAUCCUGGAGUUGUCCCUUCCACCACUUCAGAAGACCUAACCACUAGCAUCAGUCCUGUGCCUACAAAAUCAGGCCCAUGGCCCCCUGAAGCUACCACUGCCAAUCUGUAAUUGCAGCAGUGGCUUUGGAGAAACCAUUCCCUUCUCCAUAAGUACACAAUUCUGCCCACCAUUUAUCUUCCAAUGGCUCAUGAAUCUGACAUCCUAUAUAAACAAAAAUGGUCUCUUUACAUAAAACCGAAAUGCAGCCAUAAGAAUUGUAAGCUUUUUAUUUAGAAUGAAGAAUUUAUCAAAGGAUCUACACCAAUAUCCCUUGAGCAGGACUAUAUGUUCAAAUCAGGGCCGGCUCCAGGCACCACCUGCCCAAGCACGUGCUUGGGGCGGCACCUUGUAAGGGGCGGCCAAUCUUGGGGUAGUGGGGCGGAGCUCGGGUUUUUGUUUGUUUGUUUUGGCGGGAUGGCGAUGGGGGUAUUUUUUUUUUUUUUUUUGGUUUGGCGGGGCGGCGCUCGGUUUUGUUGUUGUUUUUGGUUCAAUAGGGCGGCGCUCGGGGGGGGGUUGUUUUUGGUUUGGCACGGCGGUGCUCACGUGGGGUGGUUUUUGGUUCAGCGGGGCGGCACAGGGGGGUUGGUUUUGGUUCGGCAGGGCAGCACUGGGUUUUUUUGUUUGUUUGUUUUUGGUUCGGCGGGGCGGCGCAGGGGGGUUGGUUUUGGUUCGGCGGGGCAGCACUGGGUUUUUUUGUUUGUUUGUUUUUGGUUCGGCGGGGCAGCGCUGGAGGGGGGAUUGUUAUGGCGGGGCAGUUUUGUUUUUUUUGCUUGGGGUGGCAAAAAAGUUAGAGCCGGCCCUGGUUCAAAUGUCUUCUUAAAAGGAGUAUGAAAUGUGGAUGCAACAUUUUUGGACAGAACAACAAAUACAUUUGUCUGGUAUUUCAGAAUCACUGAAUUUACCCCCAACAAGAUUAGGAAAAAACCACUGUCUUCACAAAUCCUACUCCAGUCACACCCUAGGAAGCUAGUCUGUGCAUGAAUGGUCUCUUCAUAAGCAAGUAUAAAGAAUACAAUGGAGCUUUCCACAACCACUCUUCCACUCUUGGCCCAGAGUGUCUGCCAUUCCCAUAGGCGGGGAAAAGGGGAAUGACCAGUGGAUUUAUGUACAAAAUUCAUAUUCCAGGGUAUCCAUUGGAUCCAAUUCCAAAUCUAACAGUGCAGAAGUAUAAAGGGUGGUCCUGCAAUACACGAAUUAUUCUCCCCAUGCGCAGGCUCCCCGAAUCCUGCCACCCUUCCUUUCCCCCCCAAAACAGGAUUGUACAGGUUCUAUUGCUUGAAGGGAAUCUAACACCCACAGAGGCAAGGGGAAUAUUUGCCCCAUGAUGAAUACUUUUACUAUAUCUUAAGUUUCCCUACAAAGUGCAGGAGAAAAACAUUUCAGAAUUUUCUCUUCAAUUGUGAUGUGCAGUUCCUGACAUUAAUAAGUCUCUGAUUUUGUAUCUCCAUACAUUAAAACUUUCUAUUCUUUCUAAAUGUGGACAGGUAACACCCAAAUUACGCUGUAUACAUGGCAUGCUAAACUACAUUCUCCCUUCUCUGUUGCCCCAUAUCCUUCUAGCAUUUUUAUAAAAAUGAUUCAAAAAUGUUCUAACAUACACAAGACAUAGAUACUGUGCAACUAUAAUGAGAAAUAAAACAUUCUUCCACAAAAAUAUUCCCAUUUGUUAUAUCCUUAAUGUAUUAAUGGGCCAAAUAUUUAUGCAGACUUAAAAAUGCCAUAAAACUGGGUAUAAUGUAUUAUUUUCUGUAAUAAAUGUAGAUAUGAGGAAAUACCAAGUUUGCUUUUAUCGUCUACUUUUAAUUAAAAAUAUAUCAAAUGAAAAUGUAUUUAAUAUGUAUAUUGUACCAUUUUAUAACUGCAUUGUGAAGGCCCAGAGAAGAGUUAGAUAUCCAAAAUACAUGUCUAUUCUACAGUAUUUGCAGCAGCAAAUAUAGCAACAGACUCUACUAAAGCCCCUACAGACAAGUUACACAGACUUAAGCUGAUUGCUGCAGAUUGGAUUUGGUUCCCACCCAAGCUUGCAAGAUGACAAAGAAUUAACCUUUAAAUCCAUCUUCUUACCUAAAGAAGACUUCACACACACAAGGCUACCUUUACUUGUUAUUCAAGGACACCUUAAAUGUGUCUCCGUACUGUCAUCCAUUCUGUAUGUAUGAACUGUUAACAUUGUAAUUAUGUUAAGUAAUACUAAAUGUAAAUAGAGAUAUGUUGAUAUACACAUAAAUCAAGCCCAUAUAGUAACAUGUUAAUGGAUAUAUUACAACCAUGUCUGCAAUUAUGUUGUCUACACAGUACUUUGUUAUAUGGCAUCUAUUGUGUGAAUGACUCAUCCAAUUAAGGUUUCAGCUUUCAAAAAAACAGACAGUAUUUUAUAAACCAUUAAUUUUACCGAGACUGUUUAAAAUGUAAAUUUCAUUCAAUACUAUGGUAACACAAAUGUCUUAUGUUGCUUCCAUUGGAAAAGGAAUGGCCACUGUAAUUAAUCUUGUGCAGACUGUUUCUUUGGAAACAUACAAUAAAAUGAAUUUAAAGUUAUUCUGCAAUUUGAAUAGGAAAAAAAGAGUAAGUCUCAAGUGUUAUUAUAUGUUCUUGUUUUGUAUGCUCAGGAUUACACUUUAAAGUAGGAUUACCAUUCAUUCACUGCUAAGGGGAUCAGAAACCACAGAUAAUGCAUAAGCCAUAUGUACGUUUCCCAGAGGCAAACCAAGUACCUUAUUUAUUAAAACAAAUGUGAGAAACUAACAUCCCAAACUACUAGUGGAGUGACCAUGGGAUUGUCAAUCAAACAUUUAAAAUAAAAGACUUAAAAUGAGGUGGGUAACAGUGAACUAACACUUAUAAAAAAUUAAAGAAAACAUCAUCAUUAAUUUUAGGAAGAAAAGAUUCAUAGAUUCAUAGAUUCUAGGACUGGAAGGGACCUCGAGAGGUCAUCGAGUCCAGUCCCCUGCCCGCAUGGCAGGACCAAAUACUGUCUAGACCAUCCCUGAUAAAAAGAUUUACUUAGGCCUAGCAAAAUGUAAGUUUUAUAGAAUCAGAAACUUUGGUAUCAAUAUUUCAAAAAGAUUUACACAUACAGAUGUUUGAGUCUUAAACACCGGGUGACUGAUGAAUUUAAAUCCACAAACACUUGCUGCAUAGUUUAAUAAUAAUAAUAAUUUAAGAGAGAACUAUAUAUAUUUUAUUAAAGAGUUUAGUGGUAAAUACAGAACAGGGAGUCAACUAGAAUAUGCCUUUAAAACAAUUAACUAAAAAGCGCAGCAUGGAAGCAAGUACUUCAUGUAUCUGAUCGCUGUGAAAACACUGCACUCUAUCAGGAAACUCCAUUCUGAUAUGUCUCCUUCUCACCCUCUUUUGAGAUUAAUUUUUUAGAUUUGUACUUUACAAUGCACUCAGCU